GCUUCCCCACCUUUAGCCUCUCUCACUCUCUCUCAUCGAUUUGAUUAUAAAUAAAUAUAUAUAAAUACAUUGCAAAGAGGUCAGGGCAGGCCUUGCCCUUCUCUUUCAAAGUGAAGAGCCCCUUUGAGAGUAGCCGAUCUCUCUCUCAGUCUCUCUCCCUCAUAACUACGAAACCCUCUCUUCGCUUCUCUAUUUUUCGUUUUUUUUUUUUUUUCCCUCGCUUUCCCGGGAAAAUUUAGGGUUGUUUCUUUCUUUAUUGAAGAAAGAAGAAAGGAGGAAAACAACAGUUAGGGUUGCUGGAAAAUGGUGGCCGACAAGGGAAAGAAAUCGAAGGUCGCUGCGGAGGAGGAGCAUGAACACAUCGACGGUGAGCUCGUCCUCUCCAUUGAAAAGUUGCAGGAGGUUCAAGACGAGCUCGAGAAGGUGAAUGAAGAAGCCAGUGAUAAAGUGUUGGAAGUUGAACAGAAGUAUAAUGAGAUUCGCAGACCUGUCUAUCUUAGACGGAAUGACAUUAUCAAAACCAUUCCCGACUUCUGGUUGACUGCUUUCCUGAGCCAUCCUGCACUGUGUGAUCUUUUGAGUGAGGAAGACCAGAAGAUCUUCAAGUAUCUAGAUUCUCUUGAUGUGGAAGACUUUAAAGAUGUGAAGUCAGGAUACUCCAUCACAUUUAAUUUCAAUGAGAAUCCUUAUUUUGAAGAUGCAAAGCUUACAAAAGCUUUCACAUUCUUCGAUGAAGGAACAACAAAGAUAACUGGUACCACCAUAAAGUGGAAGGAAGGCGCGGCUGCUGCAAAUGGUGUUAAUCAUGAGAAGAAAGGAAACAAGCGGCCUCUUGCUGAAGAGAGUUUCUUUAGUUGGUUUGGUGAAACACAACAGAAAGAUAUAGCAGAGCUUCAUGAUGAGGUGGCAGAGAUAAUCAAGGAGGAUUUAUGGCCCAAUCCUCUGAAGUAUUUCAACAAUGAGGCUGAUGAAGAGGAUUCUGAUGGUGAUGAAGAUGAAGAGGAAAAUGGUGAUGAUGAUGAUGAUGAACAAGAUGAUGAUGAAGACGGAGAAGAUGAGGGAGACAACUAAACCUUUUCUCACUUGCUUUUCAGUUUUGCUGCUUUUUGGUGGAUCAUGGCAAUAGAAGUCUCUAUUUAUCUCUAGUUCAAAACCUUUGUGGUUAUAGCGAAUGAAUGAUAAUUUUACUUGUUGGUAGUUAGUUACUUUAACAGACUACUGAUAUAUUUAAGUGGUUUUUUCCUUUUUCUUUUGUCUUUCCGUUUUCUUUAAAGUAUCGGUCUUAUAUGAGUUAACUAGGUUUUGGUUUUCA